AAGUGCAAGUGCAACUAUCGACGGCAAUCUUCUUUCGCACUUUCAAAUACGUAACAGUUCCUCUCGAAGAUCGGGAGCUACCUUUCUUUCCUUUCCCUGCACCUAAAAGGAAGCGGCACACUCAUCUUCCACGAGGAUGACCGACGAACAAAC